AUGAUUAAGCAUGCAAGUAAUAAUAGAAUAUUCGAACAACUAACUAUAUUUUCUAGCGAUUAUCAUAAAAAGCAACAACAUCAACAACACUAUAAUGAGACUGACAUAAAUCUAGCAUCAGAUCAACACGACAAAAAUUUUCAAUCAGAUACUAAAGAGGAAAACAUCGAUCCUUAUGUUAGUAAUCAUCUAAUAUCGUCGCCUGUUUCAACAGAUAAUAUUGAUGAGCCAUUAAUAAUUGUCCUUGAUGAGGAUGAAACAAAUGUUGAUGACGACUACGAACAAACUAAUAUUAUAACAACUACAAUUGAUUCUAAAGAAAAUCUAACGCGGAAUGAACAAUAUAAAACAAAUUAUUCACAAGACAAGCAAUCUAUAAACAAAUCCAAGCGUUCAUUAAAUUUCAUAACGAAAUCAAUAACUAAUUCAAAAUCAAUUCGUUCUACUCGAAAACGUCGCUCAAAUCGGUUGUUAAACGAUCGCACUCAUAAAAUAUCAAAUAAAUUUAUUCGAACAUUUUUUCUCCCGACUAAUUUUAUGCGACAAACGUAUCUUCAACAAAAUCGAAGUCGAUUAAUAGCUCGUCGAAAAAAUUCACAUAAACAUCUUUUAUCUUCUACGAUGUCGAAUAGCACGAAUUCGAAAAGUCUUUCUAUAAAUGAAAAUUCUUAUGGACUAUCAUCAAAUGAUUCUAUUUUAUCAAAUAUUUCAUUUGAUAAUAUCGCUAGCAUACUAACCAUCUCUCGUAUGGGCUCAAUAUUCUAUUGUCUAGAAGACUUGUAUGUGAAAGUAUUUUCAUCUCUAUGUACAUUAGAUGAAUUCAUAAAUUUACUAUUGAAAUCUGAAUCAAUCAUGAUAAAGCAAGUAACAUUAUCAGAAAAAAUAUCUAUUGAACAACAGAUUCCAUCAUUGAAAAAAUCUAAUGAUACUCGUUAUCGGCUUAUAUCAAUAAAUUCGUCGAGUUAUUUAAAUAAACUAAGACAACUACUUGUAACAUUCACAAAUCUAAACGAAAAUGAAAAUCAACAGCGUGAAAAAAAUAUCAAUCAAAUAAUUGAUGAAAUGCGUAGCUAUAGACAAACACCAACACCUGUUCUAUUAAAGGACAAAGUUUUACAUUUACCAAUGACUACGAAACGUCUCUCAUCGGGUGAUGAUGACGCAGGCGAUGAACAUAAUGAUGAGCCUCGGAAACGCCUUAAAAUCGUCACGAAAAAACCUAAACCAAAUGAAACACCAUCAUUAGCACCAACACAAUUCGGAAUCUUUAUACAAUGUAAUGGUCCUGUUAGUUGUAAUAUAUUUUCAACAAAUGAAACUGUUUCUUCAACUACGACAGCAACUAGUGCCGAAACAACUACAACGACGACAACGACAUCAACGUCAACGGUUGCAACGACCGAAUCAGAAAUCAUAUCAAAAUCAACUAUUAUUAAACAACAAAAUGACAGUACACAACAUAUGCAUUUCGAUAAACUUCAUCAACAGUACCAACAAACUGUUUCAAGAUUUAAUUUAAAUAAUGAACAAACGACUCAAACCUCUAUGAAUGUAAAUCGAUUGAAUUCAUACGACCCUACAGACGGUACUCCCAUUAAUAAACUGUGUUCAUCAUCAUCAUCAUCAUCAUCAUUAUCUGCAUCAUCUUCGGUGAUGAACAUGCCAAAGAAAUGGCGUAUUUUGAAUUCAUAUAAUAAUGAUAUUAAUGAUACGUCAAGUGCAAGCAAAGUUCAUUUACCUACAUCAUCAACAAAUUAUUCACGGUGCCUAUACCGUUCGAAGUCGUUCACCUAUCGUAAACAACAAAAUAAAAGUCUCGUACGUCGUUCAUUUAGUUUAUCAUUGGUAACGUGUAAUAAAAAAGAGAACGUAUCAAUUAAAAAUUUACCAUUAGUAGAUAGUAAUACAAAACUAAAUACUAAAACACCAGCCGAAGCUAUCGAUUUAACCGAUGAAAGCUUUUCAAUGCCUAUGAUUGUUAAUGUUGAAGAAAAUGUCGAACCUGCCAAUCAACGACAUAAAAUCAAGUGCAAAAAGCCAACGUUAACAAGCAAACCAAACGUAUUGCCAAACGUUCCUGUUUUGGAUUCAACAACACGAACGCCUUCGAAUAUUGUAUCACGUUCGAUACCUUAUGGGCCUAAUAAUCCUGCUAUGCUAACAAAACCAACUCCUCUACGUCAUCCAGUGCCACCAUCGCCUUAUCGUUCAUCAUCCUAUGGUGUUUAUCAUCAAGAAUCUUAUAUCUACCGUGAUCAAUCACAAAAUAUUCCACAACCAUCAAAUUCUCUUUCACAUUAUCAUCCUCCAACAAGUCUUAAUAAUGGAAAUCCUUAUGUUUAUCCAUUUUCUUCUUCAAUGCCAUAUCCAACAAUAAAAAAACAAAAAGAAAUGCCUACAACAAAUUCCUAUGACAUGCAACAAAAUUCUCAUAGUCUAAUAUAUUCAUCACCAUCAAAUAAUAAUAACAAUCAUCAUAAUAAUAAUCACCACAUGUCAUCGUCUCUUGUUAUGCCCAUUGUGAGGAAACCAAAUUAUUAUCAUCAAUUAACACCUGAACAACAAGUAUCAAUUAAAAUGCAAGCAUCACCGCCUACGUCAUUACCAUGUCGUUUACCUUGCUGUUUCCCUCAGCCACCUGUACAAGCACAACAUUCAACAGAUAAAUUAACACCCAAUGAAAGACUUAUCUAUCGUCAAUAUGCUGUUCCAACAUCAACAGCACAAACAUUUAAACGUGAACCUUCACAAACACCCGAUGCUCAAAAUUUAUCAUCAUCUAUGAAUCGAAGACAACGUCGUAUUGAUUCUGUACCACCACAACCAUCAACUACACCCUAUUCACAUUAUCCAUCUCCAAAACCAUAUUUCGUUCCGCCACCGCCGCCAUCUUCUUUUUCAUCAUCAUCAUCAUCAUCAUCAAAUUGGCCAUCGGCUCCUCCUCCAACAUCAAAUCCAAAUAUGAAUCCAUCUAUGCGUUAUCCAUAUCCACCACUCAAUACACCGAUGAAUGGAAUGACAACACGCAAAAUGGAACCCUAUCCUCAGCCACGUCGUCCAACGCCACUGCAGUCUCGGGCACCACCAACAACAUCUAUUGUUGCGCAAAAUUCAUCCAUAUUAAUUAGUCCACCAAACACACCACAUGAAUUAACUCUGCCCAAUGUUCGAGCACGUAGCAUCGAUCUACAACGAGCUAUUGCUGAACGUGGCUAUUGUGAUAUGGAUAAAUUACCUAAACUUGUUGUACGACAUACAAAAACAUAUUCGAAUAAAUCAGUUGAUACCAUGGGACAAUUAUUUCCAACAUGGUUUAAUGAGCCUGAUUAUCGUUGUAUACAUUGUUUUCGUUGUGAUCAAGUAUUUACACCACAACAAUUUAUGACUCAUGUUGAUGAUGAACUUAUGCUAAAUGAGCAGCCCUUAAAUAUGACAUCAAUACAAUUAUUACCAUCAGAAAAAAUGUCUGAAUAUAAAGUUGGAUUAUGGAAUCAAUUCUGUACAAAUCUUACUACCUAUGCAAGAGAUGGUCGAAUCGGUGGCUUUUCAACGAACAGAAACGUACAGUAA